UAAACAAAGAGAAGUUUAGUGUUGCUUCUCACUCACUCAAACUUUGGAGAGUGAAAAUGGGUAGAAGUCCUUGCUGUUCUAAGGAAGGUUUGAACAGAGGAGCUUGGACUGCUACUGAAGACAAGAUACUCUCUGAUUACAUUAAAAAAAAUGGUGAAGGAGGUUGGAGAAAUCUUCCCACCAAAGCUGGUCUAAAGAGAUGUGGGAAGAGUUGCCGCCUACGUUGGUUGAAUUACUUGAGACCUGAUAUUAAGAGAGGAAAUAUUUCUAGUGAUGAAGAAGAACUCAUCAUUAGACUUCAUAAGCUCUUAGGAAACAGAUGGUCUCUAAUAGCAGGAAGGCUACCGGGAAGAACAGAUAAUGAAAUCAAGAACUAUUGGAAUACUAAUUUAGCUAAGAAGAUUCAAAACCAUUCAGCUUCAAGUUCAACUCGAAAGAGCCCCAUUAAGUCUAAAGAGAAGAAAAGAACAUCUGUUGAAACACGAACAUCGAAGCCGAAGAUUAAAUCAUCAACUGUUGUGAAGACGAAAGCACUUAGGUGUACCAAGCUAUUCUUCAGUCCUACUCCACAAGCACAAAUUGUAGAAAACCGUGACAAAAUUAGAGGAUCCACUGACCACUGUACGGAGAUGAAAUUGGAGUCUGCAAACGGGUUUCCGGCGUGUUCACUUAGAGGAAAGAACUUGUUUCAAAACUAUGAAAUGGGUUUCAAUAAUGAUACUGAAAGCUGUUACUUGUCUGAAUUCUCUCAACUAAGCAGUUUUGGUGGUGGAAAAAUGGAGGAUUUCUCUUCACCAAGUUCGGAUGAAUCGUUGGUUUUACUUGAUGAAAUGCUGCAAAGUUGGACAGGAAAUGAAUAUUGCAUUCAAGAAGGUUGGCUCAAAGAAUGAUGCAUCAAACUAAUUGCAUUAUGUAAUAUUCUUAAUUAGCUACUAAUUAAUUUUAAGAGAGUAAUAUUUAGUACUUGAUUAGUAUCUAGAUGAUCUUAACAGUAAUAAUAAUUAACUCCAUUUCCAAAUUUGUCAUGGUGUUCGAUUAUAUGAACACUAUUUUGUACGCCGAAAUCAAAAUAAAACUGUGACGGUUUAUCUUCUUUUCC